AAUUGAGCGUGGGAGCGUCGUAAAUUCAGUGUGGGAGGGCAGGGGUUUCAAUAUAUGUAUGAAGGGAGCUUUUGUAGUCUCAAAAAAUACCCACCUGAGCCCCGAGGCAGAGAGAGAGGACGGAGAGUGACCAUGUAUACCUUCCCUUUUUCUUCCUUUUCUCUUCUCGUCGUCCCCAUUCUGUCACUUCGUCUCUUGUUCCUUUCAUGUUCCGCUCAGGAGACCCACUUCAAAGGUAUUGACUUGGGAAGCCCAAUAUUAAGUGUCACUCCAACCCCCCUUUCUUGGCAUCCAUCUGCUCAUGCUUCUAAAGAUGUUUUAUUGUGUGAUCGGGUUAAAGUUUCUGGUCACUCUUGGUUGGAUCUUGGGAGUUAUGCUAAUUCCUUUCGGGUUACUCUGGCUCCAUCAGUGUCAAUCCCUCAGCAGUUACACAGCAAAAUGCAAGUUUGUUUUCACCGAUAUAUUGAUGUGAAGUUCAUUGAUGAUGUAUCUGGCACUUUUGUAGUUGCCCUUAAAGAAGAUUUUCAGCAAUGGCGGUUGUGGUGUCUCGCUCUGGGAUUUUUUUUAUGGCUAUUGGCGCCAAUUGUUAGCAAGUGGAUCCCUUUUUACUACAGCAGUUCAAUGGCUAUUGGAAUUUUCCUUGUCAUAAUAAUCCUUCUCUUCCAGGGAAUGAAAUUAUUACCAGCAGGAAGGAAAAAUGUAUUCUAUCUUACCAUAUAUGGAUCAGCAUUUGGAGUUGGAUCCUACCUUGUGCAUUACUUCUCCAUGCUGGUCAAUUCAUCCCUUGUCAGUUUGGGGCUGAGCGAAGAGAUGCAGAAUCCAGUUGCUGUAUUUCUAUUAGUUGGAAUUAUCCUUUCAGGAGCUGCUUUGGGGUACUGGAUAGUAAGAAAAUUUGUCAUCUCAAAGAAUGGAACUGUUGACGUUGGUAUUGCCAACUUUGUAAAAUGGGCAAUGCGCAUUAUUGCAAGUGCUUUAAUUUUCCAGGUAUGGUUGCUUGAGAAAUAUAUGAUAGGAUGGGAGUGGUGUCUUGAAUCCUUUGUGAAAAAAGAGUAAAUGAACACUCUCCUCUGGUUGGGCACUUGUUCAUGUUGUUCCCUGAGUUUGGAUUAGUGAAUUUGAGACUUAAAAUUUGUGUGAACCUGGCCUUGAUUUGAGGUCUAUGCCAUAAGAUGUCCCAAGUUUUAGAUUUCAAGUGUGUUUGUUUGCAUUCUACAUAGACUCUAAGCAAUGCCAUCUUUAGCAGCAUUCAUUAUGUAAACUGAUACUAAGUACUUUAUACUGAAAAAUGGUAAUCUCUCGAAUGGGGAAUAGGUUGAGUUUUGUACUGUUAUAGUGUUACCAAUCUUAACCUGUCAGUCCUUUCAUACUGAAGUUAUUAGCAAACACAAUUGUGCUUAUGUAGUACGCUUGCAAAGUGGGUUUGAGGGUUUUGAAAUUAUUAUGGAUCUGUAUUGGGGUAUCUUAUAUUUCAAAUUCCCUUCAUCCUUAUGUCUUCUCUCUUUUUACUCCUUCCAGAGUACUCUUGAUACUCUUAUGGCAAUCGCAGCAUUGGCUUCUUGUGGUGCUAUCUGUUCACUAAUUCCUUCAAGAAAGCAGCAUCGUCAUCUGUAAGUUGAAUAGUUCUUCCGUUUCUACUCUUGUGAUGUUAAGUGUGGUCUGCUAGAACCUGUGCUUUGUAAAUAUUUGUGGUGGCAGCCCCUGGAUUGGUUCAUGUUUGUGAACCAACUAGCAAUCGCACCCCCCUGGAUUUUAUCCUUAAAUUCUCCCCUCUCAGACACCUAUUAAUGAGUUGUAUUUUAGUAGUACAAAUUCUGAACCUAGUUUGAAUAAAUACAACUUGAAGUU